AGAUGAUGGCUUGAAAAAGAUAUCACUAGCCAAUAAAAAAGGUCUAUUACUAAUUGAACACCCUGUAGGUUCUACAGUAAAAAAAAUGCCAAUUAUCUCUUCAGUACAUUAUCAUUUGACCUAAUCGGAGGGUUUGGUAUACUUUUUGGAGAGGAUAUUAGGAGAGUAGGGCUUGAUAUAUAAUAAGUAAGGCUAAGCAGCAUUUUGAAGAAGAAAGGCUAUGGAAUCUGACACUUAUCCUGCGACUUUAACUAAUAGUUUCACUCUUUUUUUGGGUUUUUUUGGACAUAGAAAAUAUUGAUAAUUAUGCCAGUGAAAGAGACGUUGAAUAAACCAAUUCCGGUUACUUUAUUGUCCGGUUUCUUAGGCAGUGGUAAAACCACGCUUUUGGAAAACAUUCUAAAGCAAGAACAUGGUUUCCGGAUUGCAGUUAUAAUCAAUGAUAUUUCAAGUCUAAAUAUCGACGCGGAGUUGAUAACGGGUCAUAAGGUGGUGACUACUAAGGAGAAAGUGAUCCAAUUCCAAAAUGGGUGCAUCUGUUGUACUCUUCGAGGGGAUUUGCUAGAAGAGCUAAUUUCCAUUGCCAAAAACGACGAUUUUGAUUAUAUCAUUAUUGAAAGUACCGGAAUUGGUGAGCCAAUGCAGGUUGCAGAGACUUUCUCACAAGAAUUUUCUGCAUUGAUGGCUGAAACUGCUGAAAAUGAAGAGGAUAUAAAGCUACUUAAGGACAUUGUUAGUUUGGGAGGAUUAAAUAAACUCGCACGACUCGAUACUUGUGUUACAGUGGUUGAUGCUGUAAACUUCUCUGAUGAUAUUGAGACCACUGACUAUUUGGCCGAUAGAUGGGGUUCGAAAAAUAAUUCAAUGAAUGAAGAGGACAGAACUGUUACAGAUUUGCUAGUCGAUCAAAUUGAAUUUGCCGAUGUCAUUGUAAUCAACAAAGCUAGUGGAGUAUCUAAGAGGCUCCUAAAGAAAGUCAAAAAGAUUGUUAAGACCUUGAAUCCUGUUGCUCGUAUUAUUACCACGGAUUAUUCGAAAGUUACUAACAAUCAGGUCCUUGAUACAAAGUUGUUCAACUUUGCGAAAGCAAUUACUUCUUCUGGUUGGUUAAGAAGUUUGGAUGAAUCUAAUGCAAGAGUAGGAUAUGGUGAUGACUUAAGCAAAGAGAGAAUGACUCCUAAACCAGAGACCGAAGAGUAUGGUAUUAAUAAUUUUGUGUACAGAGCUCGCAAGCCAUUUCACCCAAAAAGGUUAUACGAUAUGCUUUGUGAUAAGUUUCAGAUUAUUGAAAGGGUUUCCAUGCCUGAGGAAGAAGGUGGAGAAAAUGAUAAUGGGGAUGAAGGAAUUAAUGACGAUUCAGAUAAAGGGGGAGAAGAAGAAGAAGAAGAAGAAGAAGAAGAGGACGAUGAGGAUGAGGACGAAGGCGAAGAAUUAACCAAAGAAGAAAUGUUAGAUAACAAGAGAAAGUCACCAUUUGGAACUGUUGUUAGAUCUAAGGGUUUCUUUUGGUUGGCAACCAGAUACAUAUUACGGGGAGAAUGGAGCUCUGCUGGAUCUAUGCUUACACUGAAUGCCGGUCCACCAUGGUUCGGCGCCACCGCCAAAGAGUUCUGGCCUGAAGACAAAGAAACCGUAGAAUCGAUCCGAAAAGAUUUCCAAGGUGUUCAUGAGGACAGAAGACAGGAAAUUGUUCUGAUUGGAUUCAAGAUCAAGCCAAGUAGAUUACAGAAGAUGCUUGAUAGCUGCUUGCUAACAGACAAGGAAUUUGAAGAGUACAACAAAGUUGCCACAAAGAGAGACUUAGUGUUGAUCGAGAAGAAUUUGGCAGGCAUGUAUGAAGAUGGAUUUGAAGAUUGGGAUUUCAUCCAAGAGCCAGAUGAACACAAUGACCACUGAAAUUCAUUAAGAACCUGUACAUUUUCUGUAUAUAUAGCUCUCCACGUUUAGGUCUGUAACUUACAAGGGUUAAAAGUCUCUAUUGGGGUAAAAAUCGUAUGACUUCGUAGAACCUCCAAUACAUAUUCUUAACACAAUACUCCCGUCUAAUAAGAUUGUCGGAAACUAUCUCAGUUUGCCGUUCGAAGAGUGUGGUUGUCAGCUGAACCAUUGAGCUGGGGUAAAAUUACGUGAAAGAGUGGAGAAGAUUCACAUUGCAGCUGUGAAUUGUGGCAUCUGCUUAAACAAUGUAGUCCGCGCUGGGCUCUCCUUAUCUUUUUUUCUCGUUUGUAUCCUAACCUUUAGCCGUGCUCCUCUGUGGAUUGUGAAAUCCAGCUAAAGCCAUCGUUAUUGUCGGGAUUGCCAUUCCCGUCUGCAGUUUCGGCACCAAACCUUGUUAGAUGCAUAUCUUGUAUCCGGGCUG